AUGCCUCGCACCACUGGCCCUGCGGAGAUUCCUCUCCCCAUCACCUACACUCCCACCACCCACCGCAUCAGCAAAGCCAAGAAGGGAAAGCGCGUCCAUGCCUGCGAGCACCCUGGAUGCCAGAAGGUCUUCACUCGCGCCGAGCACAAGAGACGCCAUGAGUUAAACCACAACCCCGAGGCUCUCUACCGCUGCACUCAGACGGGCUGCAAGAAGUCCUUCCACCGUUCUGAUUUACUCGCGCGCCACAUGGAACGACAUGAGCUCGAAGCUCAAAUGGACGCUUCAGCGCGAUGGGAACACCCUUCCGCCAGAUCGUCCGUCGACUACAUUCCCAGAUACACCGUGGUGGCUCCCACCCCAGCACCAUACAUCGCCAUGCCGCAGCCUCAAAGCGCAAUUUCCAAGUCUCCAGUCAUUCACCAUGACAUGGCAAUUGACGGACUCAUCUGGGGCACAAUGGACCAGCACCAGCACAUCAUUUCAACUCCACGCAUUCACGAGUCUGUGGAAGACUCGGCCAGAUUCUACUCAACGCCCGAGGCCUGCCCCUCCCCAUGCUCAGACGGCACAACAUACUCCGUUCCUUCAUACCCCGGCUCCAUCUCCUCUGUUUCAACAACUUCGCCCGGCCUUGUCGAAUCGUACCCAGAUCCAAUCAUCGAUUCAGAGUUAACCUCAUCGCCAGCCCCUAUGCACGCGACAAUUGAAGGGUGCCAAUGGGAUCGGGCUGGCACUGUGCCCCCUGCGACCACAAGCAUGGUUCCCAUGUCUACUAUUCCCGACAGCCUGAUUCAUCCUGCUCUACACUAUCACUCACAAUCAUGGCCGAUGCCCCAGCAAGUCAACUACAACGAGAACAUCAUCCAGCCUGUACCAGUAUCUCUACCCUACGACGCAACAGAGAGCGCCAGCAAAGCUGCGUGGUCUCUAUAA